AUGGCGAGAUCAAAGAUAAUGGAUCAGAGCUCCGGAUCUAUGAGAAAUUGCAAACAGCAAGGGCGGAUGAAAUGGGCAAUUUGGUGCGAAGCCCAACCGCCAGAGAUCGAUCUCAAACGAAGAAGAAUCCUCGGAGUCUCCCAGAGACGAAAGGAAGUGGGAGAAAGAGAUCCAGACAGAGAGAGGGGGGAAGGACAGGAAAGAAAUUCAUUUGUGCUUGCGGCGAGCACAAACACAGAGAUCUGCGCCACCAUUCAAGUUCUGGUACCAGCUACCAACGGUGAUCGUUCGUGCCGUCUUUUGCAACUUGUGGAUAUCGGAGAUGAGAGUGAGCACUUGGCGUUCUGGGUCAGCCUGUCUCCUCCUGUACUUAUGUUAGCUUGUCUUUUGCCUUCUAGACGGCUUAUUGUGGCCCAUUUUUGGGACUUGUAUUUAUCUCAUUAAACAACUUUGUCCUCAUGAC